CUGAGGAGGCUGUGACGGUUAGCCGCUAGCAUAGCAGCUCCUGUAGCGCAACCAUCCGCAGCAUCAUGGCGGAGAGAAGCCACUCAUCUGCGGCUCCGGCUACCGGCCACAGUCCGCAAGCAGGAACCACAGCCAGCUGGCCGAUUGUCAAGGAGGCGUACGAGCUGCAGGAUGUUAUAGGCAGUGGAGCCACAGCUGUAGUCCAGGCAGCUCUCUGCCUCCCUCGACAAGAACGUGUGGCUAUCAAGAGGAUUAACCUGGAGAAAUGCCAGACCAGCAUGGAGGAACUACUGAAAGAAAUCCAAGCCAUGAGCCAGUGCAACCAUCCAAAUGUAGUGACAUAUUAUACCUCAUUUGUGGUGAAGGAUGAGCUUUGGUUGGUUAUGAAACUACUGAGUGGAGGAUCAGUAUUGGACAUUAUAAAGCACACAUGUAGCAAAGGAGAGCACAAAAAUGGCGUAUUGGAUGAACCCACAAUAGCUACUAUUUUAAAAGAGGUUCUAGAGGGUCUUGAUUACCUGCACAGAAAUGGACAAAUUCACAGGGAUGUGAAAGCUGGGAACAUCUUGUUGGGAGAGGACGGCUCAGUGCAGAUAGCAGACUUUGGUGUGAGCGCGUUUCUGGCGACUGGAGGAGACGUAACCAGACAUAAAGUUAGGAAAACCUUCGUGGGAACUCCGUGUUGGAUGGCUCCAGAAGUGAUGGAACAGGUAAGAGGUUACGAUUUCAAAGCAGACAUUUGGAGUUUUGGGAUCACCGCCAUAGAGCUGGCCACAGGAUCCGCACCCUAUCACCGAUACCCUCCCAUGAAGGUCUUAAUGCUGACACUGCAGAACGAUCCCCCGACCUUAGAGACAGAAGUGGAGGAUAAAGAGAUGCUAAAGAAAUAUGGGAAAUCGUUUAGGAAACUAAUAACUCUGUGCCUUCAAAAGGACCCAACUAAGAGGCCAACUGCUUCAGAACUUUUGAAAUGUAAAUUUUUCCAAAAAGCCAAGAACCGGGAAUACUUGAUUGAAAAGCUGCUCUGCAAAGGACCAAAUAUAAGCCAAAGAGCUAAAAAGGUGAGACGAGUGCCAGGAUCGAGCGGUCGCUUGCACAAGAUGGAGGACGGAGACUGGGAAUGGAGUGAUGAUGAGAUGGAUGAAAGGAGUGAAGAAGGGAAGGCAGCUGUCAAUCAAGGAAGGUCACGGAGGGUCAAAGAUGAAAACCAGCAUGGGGAAGUGAAUGCCAACAAUGUCCCUAUAGAAGGCCUGUCCAUUCAGCAUCCCCAGAUUCAACCUCUGGAAAAAAGCCCAAGCACUCAGGGUGCGGUGAACAUGGUUCUGAGGCUAAGGAACUCGAGGAAGGAGUUGAAUGACAUACGGUUUGAAUUCACUCCAGGCCGAGAUACUGCUGACGGUGUUUCUCAGGAACUGUUUUCUGCUGGUCUAGUCAAUGGACAUGAUGUUGUAGUUGUUGCUGCUAACCUUCAGAAAAUUGUAGAAGACCCAGUUACCUAUAAAGUGUUGACCUUUAAACUGGCAUCUGGCUGUGACAGUACAGAGAUCCCUGACGAGGUGAAGCUAAUUGGCUUUGCCCAGCUCAGUGUUACCUGAUGGCAUACCUUCUGAGGGAAGAGGAAGAGGAUGGGAGGAGGAAGAAGGCUUUGAACAGAGAAACUGAAUGCUGAAGAAACUGCAGACUGGGGGUUUAGAAGCCAUCUCCAGCUUACUCCCGACUCAAGCUCCUCUUUCAGCUCUAGCCUCAUUUUAAUUACCUUCUAACUGUCAAUAACUAAGCAUUCUGUCAACACCUAAAUAACACACACACACAGUCAGCUUCCCUUGGCCUACAUUCUGCUCCUGCAGUGUCUUUCCUCAACAUUCCACCUCCCUCUUCCCCUCAGCCCUGCUAACUUGAUGCUCUCAGGUGGCUACAGCCAGCAAUCACAAAAAAAAAGAAUUAGCGUUUAUCUUAAAAUAAUUGUGUUACAUUUGCUCUCAGCAAAGCUAUUAUUAUUAUUAUUUAUUUUUUUUUUAUUGGGAAAAAAGCUUUCAUUUUCCUUACCUUGUUUUGAAAGAUGAACUUUUUUUGAGGCGCACAUUAACACCGCAAAACCCGGUGUUAAGUCGGAUAAUUUAAGUCCUCCUUUCUUCCAAAUGUAAGUUAUUUAUGGCAAAAAAUAAGCACAUUAUUAUUCAUGAUUCUAAAAUGAAUACCGUUUAAAAAAAAAAAAAACUUGUACCGUACUAUAUGUACAAAAUAUGUAAUCCACUAUAAAUGAAUGAAACCGUUUCCCCCACAGGAAGUAGGAGGCGAGAACCGAAUGCUGCCAUGUGCAAAUGUACUUGCUUAUUUUUCAGGACAGUGUUGACGCUUAACUGCUAGAGGUGCCUUGUUCAUUAAUCCGUGCCUAAGAACACAGGUAACAAGCCGAAGCUGUUUGAAAGCAUAGACUGCUUUAUGUUGAUCAACCGAGCAGAAUUGCUUUGCAGCUGAUAGCUCCAUUUAAAAGUAUUUUCACUGGCAAAUGGCUUAUGUUGAAAUGACAAAGCUUUAAUGCACUUUGAUUUAGGAUUGUGCAAUGUACACGUGCUUCUCCCUGGAAAAAAAACCCCUCCUGAUUUAACCUCUAAAGCUUUGUUUUGAAACAGGAAGAUCAUUACAACUGUAACGCACACCUGAACUGUGAUAUAAUGGGGGGGUAAAAAGCCAGCUGCUGAGUAAAGAAGUAAAAAAAAAAAAGAAAAAGAAGUAGCCGUGAUAUCCCACUGCAUUAGCCAGCAUGCAUCUGUCUGAUUUUUAUAACAGGAGGAGGUUCAUAACCAAACGAUGACUACUGUCCGAGAGAUUAGUCAUGAUUCCAAAACCAAGUACAGCUAUUCCAGAUUACUCCAUUUUCAACUGUACUUGAAAACAUAUGCUUAAUAUUACAAUAAAUAUUAUUUUAUGAAAUUGUGUUGCUUUAGCAUCUGCGUUCUAUUCAACGUCAUCUGCUUCAGCAAACUAGCAAAGGGAUGAUUCUCAACAGACUAGAUGGCCAGGUGCUAGAAUUCAAUAUCGCCGUCAUCCUUUUUAAAGACGGUUAUCGAUUCCCACUUAAUUGAACAUAAUUCAUCAAGCAAAUCAGUUAUUAGAUUAUUAUAAAGUCAAAUUAAAUUAUACUCACCCACUCGUCACCACAGCUUCCUAGAGGCUUUUCCGGACUCCGAGGCCAGCCGGGCUGUUUAGUAAAUUUAUAUCCAGUGAUCAUCGCCGCGUAUAUCACCACAAAUGCCCGGCUCCCACGGACUAUAUGGUGCAAUGAUUGAGCUGGCUCAUAUAUUUCAUGUGUAAAUGAGUCUAAUUCUGUAAAAUCAAUAAUGUUUUAAUGUUAUAGCAUUAUCUUCAUGCCCACAAUCUCAUAAAAACAGCCAUUCCUGGCCUGUCUGAGUGCAGCUCAUAGCCACAUGCUGAAAAUCCCAAAGAUUGGGUCAAUUUGUUACUGGCAGUAAGAGAGUUUUGUGACGGGUUUACUUGUGAUCACUAGGCUUCCAGCCAAACGACAUUGUUUGCCAGGGUUAGAGGCAGGCGAGUCCUUCAGGGUGGUGGGUUUGGGGAAUUGUGAUUUGGAGAAGUUGGCUACAAACUGAUGGUCUGCUUUUGCUCUUCGGAGCAGUUUAUCACACCGUUGAAUUUCACCUUCCUCACAUGUUUAAUAUGGAAAUUAUUCCACACUAGGUGCUUGGCAGACACCUGACGACCUGCUGCAAUUUUCUCUGUAGCUGGAAGCCAGAAGACAUUUAUGAUCGCAUAAUCAGAAGAUAAAGACUACUCGGAGGAAAUGCACAUGUGGUAAUGAUAAUGAAACCUCUAAAUCAGUGCUCUUAAAAUGCACUCAGCUUAAGGCAAGGAAAGAUGUCGUACUCAGAAACGACAUAAAGGACAGUUUGCCGUCUAAACCAGGGGCUGUUUUUGGAAAGGAUCUUGAGAAUUGAAAAAAGGGGGGCGUAUUAAUCUUAAAAUGAUUACUCUUAACGUUUUUUAUCUGUGUCAUUCACGAAGCAUUUUAGCACUGAGAGAAGGUCUCAAGGCUGUGAAACCACACCACAGGGCUCCCAAGUCAGAAAGACUGAAUCACAAACCAUCCUAAAUGGCUGUGGUGAUUAACAGCGCAAUCCAGUCCAUUUGUUCUAUAGAACAUCUGUGAGAUCAUGCUUUAAAUUAUGUAUUGUGCUACUUGUUCAAGUAUUUCAGUGACGCAGUAAAGGGCAGACAGCUCUAUAAUGUAAUGCAGUACUGCUAGACAUCACGUUUACACAACUCUACUUCACUACAUGGCUGUAUGACAACUGCAGGAAUGCUGCAAAGGUAAACUACAAACAGUUAUAUUUUAUACCAAAUCCUUCCAUCCUUUCUUUAGCUUGUAAUAAAAAUAAAAAUCAUUGCUAGUGAUAUCAGUUUUAAUAUGUAAAUAGCGACAGUGGUUGGCUGAUUGUUCUUAACAGGAGAUGUAUUUAAAAAACCCAUUGCAUUAUUUUAUAUGACUUUAAGAGGGGGAAAAAAGUAAUGUUGCUUUCAUACCACAUGGAAAUCUCUACUGUAAGUAAAGUAGGAUUCUGCACAAUGUUUACAACCUGCAAAAACAGACAGGUAAUUUGUCAAAAAUAUAUGGAUAUGGACAAUAUGGACAUCAACUUCAACCCUGUGUACACAUUCACCAACCCAUAUACACUGAUCAGGCAUAACAUUAUGAGCAGUGACAGGUGAAGUGAAUAACACUGAUUAUCUCUUACCACCUGUUAGUGGGUGGGAUAUAUUAGGCAGCAAGUGAACAUUUUGUCCUCAAAGUUGAUGUGUUAGAAGCAGGAAAAAUGGGCAAGUGUAAGGAUUUGAGCGAGUUUGACAAGGACCAAAUUGUGAUGGCUAGAAGACUGGAUCAGAGCAUCUCCAAAACUGCAGCUCUUGUGGGGUGUUCCUGGUCUGCAGUGGUCAGUAUCUAUCAAAAGUGGUCCAAGGAAGGAACAGUGGUGAACCGGUGACAGGGUCAUGGGCAGUCAAGGCUCACUGAUGCUCGUUGAUGGAGUGAAGGCUGGCCCGUGUGAUCCGAUCCAACAGACGAGCUACUGUUGCUCAGAUUGCUGAAGAAGUUAAUGCUGAUUCUGAUAGAAAGGUGUCAGAAUACACAGUUUGUUGCAUGUGGGGCUGCAUAGUCAGGGCUGUUUUUGCAGCAAAAAAGGGACCAACACAAUAUUAGGCAGUUGGUCACAAUGUUAUGCCUGAUCAGUGUACAACUACCUAAUGUUAGCAUAAAUGGUUCACCUGCCCAUCUGUUUGAGAAUUGGGAGGUCUUCUCCACAGUAACCCAAGCUCAGGAUCGAACCAUGGACGCUGGAUGUGUAUGACAUUGUCUUCAGGUCACUACUUCAUUAGCCAAUCAUGGUCAAUAUUCAUUCAGUAAACAGGCCCUCAGCUACAGUAAUGAACACAUCCCUCCAUCUUAAUUUAGGAAAUCUGCUUCCUUUCAGCAGUUUCACUAACAGCUUUUAAGAAGGCUUCCUUUCAGCAGUUUCACUAAAGGUUUUAAGAAGAAACUCUUGGGAUCUUUUAGCGCUGCUUAUGAGAACUCAUUGGUGAGAUUCUCUGUCAGUACAGCCCCAGAAGCCAUAAGAGUGC